AUGGCUGCGAUUCCACCAUUCACGUCUGCGACAUCCGAGGAAGCUUCGCAUGCAUAUUGCGAGCGCGUUAUCCGGCUGUCUCCAUGGACUGCCCAACGUUGUCAACUUUCCUCACACGUUAUCAACGCCGUGUCUCCCACUCCAUACCGUUAUCUUCCAGACGAGCUUGAAUGUCGGGACCAGAGCGCCUACGAUGCGACAGCUGCAGAUCACUCCUGCAUCGGCGGUCGUGCUUUUCCCGGCACGCAAGACUAUGACUCCAACUGCGACCACCAAACGGAUAGCAUCAUUGAUGACUGCGUCGCUAUCCCGUCACUUACCGAAGACUUUACCCAGUUUGAAGGACCUUGGGGGCAGGAAGUUCCCAUCCACGUUACAUCACAGUUCCACGGAGGAAUUGACUAUUUGUUUACACCCUACGGAACCAACAUGAGCUUAGAGCCUCGGUUUACCCCAACUGUUCCUAAUCCUACCAUUUUCUAUGAAUACUCUCCCACUGAUAUUGCUCCCUCCCCUUUUUUGCAACCAACAACAUCCCAGACAACUACCGAAAUUCAUAACGUGUACGUAAAUAUGCGGCGCAGCCAGCCCCCGGCCAACACCACCUCUCCAACUACGACUUCGCCCACCGGAGCCACAGGGCAUGAAGGACAUGUCCUUAACACGCCGCAACCGGAUCAGGAGGAAGCCGAAAAUCGCGACGCCCUAUAUCCUGCCACUCGUUCUUGCCUGUGUGCUUGGGGGUGCCCCUCAUCUCCGUGUGGCAUACAUGUUACUGGAGAUCGCAAGAGCCUGCGAAUCCAUCUCAAACAAGUCCACGGUUUCGUUUCCACGGGCAGAGAAUCCGUGAAGUGCAAGUGGGAUGGAUGCGGCAGGUUGUUGCAGAAGGAGAAUGUGAUUCGACACAUAUUAUCACACCACAUGCGCCUUAAGGUUCGUUGCGACUUAUGCGGCAAAGACCUGUGCCGUCGCGACGUCCAAACGAUGCACUCCAAAAAGUUUUGCCCCGCAAAAUUUUGA